AGGAGUGUGUUUGCAGAUGCUGCUACCUGUUGAUCCUGACUGCUGACUAAUUAAUGAUGCUUUCUUUCACUGUGCGUGUGAAGGAUGAAUGGCUGACAGUUCCCUGUAAAGAUUUAUCUUAUAACAUCCAGUGGUUGGGACGGGAAGCUCUGAGGCGCUACACAAAAGCAAAGGCGGAUGAUGGUGGCCUGGGCUGUGUGGAAGAUAUGACGUUCCUGGUGAAACGCUGUCAGGGGCCGAGUCUGUUAGAUCCUAAUGAUGCCAUCGGCGAUGUCUUGCAAGAUAAAGACUUCAUCCAGAUUGUUAUCCAAGGGCAAGAAGCUGAACUGGAUCCUUUGAACACAAACUUUGCCUCUCUGUAUCCUUUCUUUUGGAUUUACUUAAUCCAGAUAGUUAACAAUUGUGUUCAUGUUGCUCUCGUUCUCACCCCUUUCUCCAAAGUCAACUUCCAGGUUGAAAUGUCUAAAAUUCUGCCUCGGUAAAUCUUAAGGAGUUCAUCAUUCCAUUGCUAAUUCCUUGCAUAAGUCACAAGAUCACAAAAUGAUUCGGAGAACUUGUAUUUGGUCCAUUCUAGAUCCUGUCCAUAGAGCCUCGCCGAUUCUCCCUCUUUAAUAUCUUAUUGUUUCUUAAAAUAAUCCAGAAUGUCAACUACACCAUGUUAUCUCCAAAUCUAUUCUACCCUUGGUCAAGUGUUAUCUAAUGCAUGGGGGUUCCAGGAUUUAGACCCAGUGAACUGCAAUAUGUAAAUGUGGAUUCACACAAAGGGUGGUGGCUGUGUGGAACGAGCUGCCGGAGGAGGUCGUUGAGGCAGGGACUACCAUGACAUUCGAGAAAUAUUUAGACAAGGCAGAUAUGGGCCACAUGCAGGCAGGUGGGACUAGUGUAGAUAAUACAUGUUGGCCGGUGUGGGCAAGUUGAGCUGAAGGGCCCGUUUCCACGCUGUCAGACUUUUAUGGAAUCAAAAUCAGACUCUUAAAGGUGUACAAAAAUGCUGGAGAAACUCAGCGGGUGCAGCAGCAUCUUUGGUGCGAAGGAGAUAGGUAACGUUUCGGGCCAGAACCCUUCUUAAGUCUUAACAGAGGAGAUUUACUAGAAUGUUGCCUGGGUUUCAGCAACUAAGUUACAGAGAAAGGUUGAACAAGUUAGGGCUUUAUUCUUUGGAGCGCAGAAGGUUAAGGGGGGACUUGAUAGAGGUUUUUAAAAUGAUGAGAGGGAUAGACAGAGUUGACGUGGAAAAGCUUUUCCCACUGAGAGUAGGGAAGAUUCAAACAAGGGGACAUGACUUGAGAAUUAAGGGACUGAAGUUUAGGGGUAACAUGAGGGGGAACUUCUUUACUCAGAGAGUGGUAGCUGUGUGGAAUGAGCUUCCAGUGAAGGUGGUGGAGGCAGGUUCGUUUUUAUCAUUUAAUAAUAAAUUGGAUAGUUAUAUGGAUGGGAAGGGAAUGGAGGGUUAUGGUCUGAGCGCAGGUAUAUGGGACUAGGGGAGAUGAUGUGUUCGGCACGGACUAGAAGGGUUGAGAUGGCCUGUUUCCGUGCUGUAAUUGUUAUAUGGUUAUAUGGCUAAAGGUGUGUCAGUUUUGUUGUUUAGCUGGAGGGAAUUACAGCUCCUCAAAUGGACUGGAUAGAGAGCCGGUCAAAGCAGAGGUGGUAAAAGGUUCUAGAGAGCUGUCAAUGACAUUGGUCUGAGGUGGUUGUAAUGUUAGUGGGGCAGGUAUUAAAUAAUGAUGAGACAGAGUACUGGAAGGAGAUCGAGAACCUUGUGAUCUGUUAUCAAGACAACAACCUUUCUCUCAAUGUCAGCAAGACAAAGGAGAAGGUGAUUGGCUUCAGGAAUCGAAGCGGUACACAUAAUCCUGUAUGCAUUGACGGUGCCAAAGUAGACAUUUUCAGUGACUUAUAAAACUACUUUUUUUAAACGUUAUCUCUGUUAUAUAGAGCUCUGUUAUACUUCAACAGCCUUCUCAGCUUCACUGCCACUUUCAAGAAACAAAAGUGUUUUAUUGUCGUGUGUCCCAGAUAGAACAAUGAAAUCCUUACUUGCUGCAGCACAACACAAUAUGUAAACAUAGUACUCUGUAAACAAUAUGAUAAACGAGAGAGAAAAUCAAUGUUCUCUGCAUAUAUACACACAUACUCACACACACACACACACACACACACACACACACACACACACACACACACACACACACACACACACACACACACACACACACAAACACACACACACACACACACAAAUACACACACA